CAGCCCAGCCAGGAGGAGGAUGAGCAUCAAUGCCUAGUGGACAUCCUACCUGUUCGGCAAGGCAAGAGCCAGGUCUGUAGAAGAGCAACCAGAGGGAGGGAGAGAGAUGCCGUUUGGAGGACUUGCAGGGCUGAAGGAGAAGGUGCUGAAGCCAGGGAAGGAGGAGGUGAAGAACACAGUGGGUGACUCUCUGGGGAACCUGCAGAAGAAGAUUGAUGGCACAAACGUGGAUGAGGAGGAUCAGAUAGAGCUAACGGAAGAUGGCAGGCCAGUGGUAGCCCCCCAACGCAGCCCACCCUUACUGGACUGUGGCUGCUUUGGCCUGCCCAAGCGUUACAUCAUUGCUAUUCUCAGCGGCCUGGGCUUCUGCAUCUCGUUUGGCAUCCGCUGCAACCUGGGUGUGGCCAUCGUAGAAAUGGUCAACAACAACACGGUGUACAUCAAUGGGACUGCUGUCAUGCAGCCUGCUCAGUUUAACUGGGAUCCUGAGACAGUCGGCUUAAUACAUGGCUCCUUUUUCUGGGGUUACAUUGUCACUCAAAUUCCCGGAGGCUUCAUUUCCAACAAGCUAGCAGCUAACAGGGUGUUUGGGGCGGCAAUUUUCUUGACGUCGGUGUUGAACAUGUUCAUCCCGUCAGCUGCGAGGGUCCACUAUGGCUGUGUCAUGUUUGUGCGAAUACUGCAAGGGCUGGUGGAGGGCGUCACAUAUCCAGCCUGCCACGGAAUGUGGAGCAAAUGGGCUCCUCCGCUGGAAAGAAGCCGACUGGCCACCACCUCUUUCUGUGGGUCCUAUGCAGGUGCAGUGAUUGCCAUGCCUCUGGCAGGAGUGUUGGUGCAGUAUGUGGGCUGGCCCUCCGUCUUUUACAUUUAUGGAGUUUUUGGAAUCCUGUGGUAUAUUUUCUGGCUCCUGCUUGCCUAUGAAAGCCCAGCUGUGCACCCUACUAUCAGUGAGGAGGAGAAAACAUACAUUGAGACCACAAUUGGAGAAGGGGCCAGCUUAAUGAGUGCUACUGAGAAAUUCAAGACUCCAUGGCGACAGUUCUUCACCUCCAUGCCAGUCUAUGCCAUCAUUGUGGCCAACUUUUGCCGCAGCUGGACCUUCUACCUUCUGCUCAUCAGCCAGCCUGCCUACUUUGAAGAGGUCUUUGGCUUUCCCAUGAGCAAAGUGGGUAUCCUAUCAGCUGUGCCCCACAUGGUGAUGACCAUUAUUGUGCCUAUUGGGGGCCAGCUGGCUGACUUUUUGAGGAGCCGUAAAAUCCUCUCAACCACAACCGUGCGCAAGAUCAUGAACUGUGGAGGUUUUGGGAUGGAGGCCACUUUGCUGCUGGUGGUGGGAUUCUCACAUACACGUGGAGUAGCCAUCUCAUUUCUUGUUCUGGCAGUGGGCUUUAGUGGCUUUGCCAUAUCAGGUUUCAAUGUGAAUCAUCUGGACAUUGCUCCCCGUUAUGCCAGCAUCCUGAUGGGCAUCUCCAAUGGAGUUGGUACACUGUCGGGUAUGGUGUGUCCUCUCAUUGUGGGAGCGCUGACUAAACAUAAAACCCGCCGGGAGUGGCAGAAUGUCUUUGUGAUUGCCUCUAUGGUGCAUUACUGUGGAGUGAUCUUUUACGCCAUCUUUGCAUCCGGUGAGAAGCAGGACUGGGCGGAUCCAGAGAACACCAGUGAUGAGAAGUGUGGCAUCAUUGGAGAGGAUGAACUGGCUCAGGAGACGGAGCCUAGCUGCGACAGCUCCCUCGCCACCAGCAAGAAGAAGUCCUAUGGGACCACCACAGAGAACUCAGCCGGCCGCAAGAAGGGCUGGAAAAAGAAAAGAGGGGUGACCAUGCAGGAGGACGAUGAAAAGGAAUCGUACCCUUAUGAAAACGGGGACUAUCAGGAGCAAUAUCAAUGACACUUUGUGGGUUCAUUAUGAGCCCAGGACUUCCCCUCACUGGUGUGCUUCUGAGGUGAAGAUGUUCAUUUCAGUAGCUGUUGAAAUAGGCUCUCCACUCCAACAUCAAUCCAUGGGACAUUACCUACAUGACUGCAAUAUAUCAACAGUUUUUCUCACAAAUUACUAUAUUUUGGCUCCUUCGUGACUUACCAUCCUUUCUCCCUGAUACUGCGUAAACAUGUUAAUAAGGUUAAAGUUACUUGUAGGAAAUCAGUGUCUGUUGCUGUGUGAUGGAUUUCAUUUGAGAUGAUGGAGGCUUAAAUUUUUAGGAAACUGAAAAAACUAGGAAAAAAUAAAAUAAAGCAAAUAAAAAAGCUUGGGAAUGUAACAGUAAAAUGCAUCAGAAAUAACUUCACAAGUCAUAGUUAAUAACAGCUUCUUGGAAUGGAAUUUGUCCACAUAGUAGGUUAUGCAUCAUUUCUUUUUAUUUCACUUUUCUUUUUAUGCCUAUUGUUGUAAGCUAUGCAAUAAAAGGCAAAUAUUGAAUGUGUUAAGGGAUCAGAACUAUUUUUAAAAGGCUGUGGUGAGCUUGCAUUUGUUGGGCAACCUCAACUGAUCUGCAAAUCUAGCGAAGGAACUAAAUCACCUGCAUUAUUUCCUCCACCAUCAUAUCUGGGACUAUGGUUUAGUGUUGUGAUCUGGAAUUUUGUUUCAGUGGAUGGGCGAGGAACGAGGAACACUGCAUCCACAAGAAAGGUGGACUUUCAGGUUUUAUUUUUGAAACGUAUUAAAAAUACAGUCUGAAAAUAUCAGAUCCUGCAGCGCAUUCUGUCAAACUUGUUUUGGUGUUAAAAGCCAGGAAU